AUGUCAAUCCGAUGUCAAAAUUGUCUAUGAUUCGAUUGUUUACAAUCAAGUUUCCGAUUUAUCUGCUUAUACAUAUUUGUUUUUAAAUAUUAUAUAGAAUUUCACAUCACAGAGAUAUAAGUAUUUGAAACUAUGACUUAAUUAGCAUUGUAUAUUAUUUACUUUUCGAGAGCGACGAAAAGAUCUGCUUGAUCUUCAUGUUAUAUCGUAUAACGACUUUUCUUUAAUAGUCAAUUACUACGAGAGUAAAUAGGACGUUCCAUUUAAGAUUUUGAAGUAUUAAAACUUUUCCCGCGAUGAAAAGAAAUAUAAAAAGUGAAAAUGAUAAGCCAAAGAAGCUAUGUGUAAAUCGGAAUGAAGAAACUAGGAGCUCUGAAGAUUCGACUGGUUUAACACCAGCAAACGUUUCUGGUUUACUAAACGAUGAAGCAGAAUCGACACUCAUCAAUCAAAAUAAUCAAGUCGGUGCUCAGUCUGUAGAUUUAUUAGAACCUGCGGCUAUUGCUGGGCCUUCAAGACAGUCAAGCAGCGAAUCCACGGCGCAAAACUCUUCCAAAAUAGAGGAGUCGAGUAAUAACGAGCUUCUUCACCUUCCAAUAGAAGAAUCGGACAUUUUUAUAAGUCAAUUCGUGGAAGAGUUCCAAAAUAAAAAAGGAUCUUAUGAAUACUUCAUGAAGGCUUUGGCCGAAUAUCGCGAGAAUAUAAUCGGUUACAUCGAGCUGAGGCGACGAAUGUUUUGCGUCUUCAGAAAUUACCCGAAAUGGACAGAAAAAAUUAAUGAAUUUUUUCCAAAUUAUUUAAAACUUCCAAUAAAUAAUUGUAAUCGCGAGACGGAAAGCAGUGAUACCGAUGACGAACAUGUAUAAUUAUUAUAGUAUCAAUUUACUUGUAAUUAGUUUAAUAUUUUUAUUUUUUUUUUUUUACUAAUAUAAAAUAAAAUUAAAGUACUUCCACACAAUGAAAUUGUUAUGCACCUGGCUAUAUGGUAUAUGUGUAUUGC